AUGUCGUCGGACCGGGUCAGUCGUGCUCGCGCUAGCGGCCGAAACAGGAGGAGAGAGUAUAGAAGCCGACUCGCACGACGAGACAAUAGCGACGACGAGGAGUCCGGAGGCGAGGGGAACGCGCGCCAAAGGCUCAGGAUCAACGAUGAUAGCGACAACGACGAUAGUGAUGACGAAAGAGAGCGACAAGUCCCGCCGCCGGUUGUGAACCAGCCGCCCGUCGCAAGGCCACCCUCUCAGGGCGACAUCUUAUCCGCUAUCAUUGGCGGCGGCGGUGUCGGUGUCGGCAAUGGGAGGCAGACUGUAGCACCAGCGCCUCCCGUCGUGGCGAGUCCGAUACCCGCCCAAUCGACCCCAGCUCCCGCCAUCGCGACUCCAGCUCCGGCCAUCGUGAUCGCGCCGGCACCCAUUGCGGAGGCAGAACCCGCCCCAAUCGUGGCGGCGCCGAUCCUACCCCCAGGAACCGUUAGUCCCACGCCAGCUUUCACGCUCACGGCCGUGGCACCCAGCCAGAUCGCGGCACCUUCGACGCUCUUGACCUCGACGCGCCCGCUUCAGCCCAGCGUGAUCAGCAGCGUGGUGGCGACCACUCGUCUCAGCUCGAUCCCCAGCCUCUCCGACGUCGUGGCUACAAGCAUCGCCGCGGCCAACCCGGCGCUGUCGAGCAUCUCGUCCUCGGCCAACUUGGUUCCUACGCCUCCGCCCGUCGUGCAGGCUCCGCCUCUGGCAGAGCCAUCUAACCCGACUGCUUCAAACACGCCGACUCUGACGGACCCUCAGCCCGAGGUCACGUCCGAGGCAGGCGCGGCGAGCGUGUCCGGGACCAACACGGGUCAGGUGGCCGGUAUCGCCAUUGGCGCAGCUGCCGGCGUCGCACUUUUCGCCACGGGCAUGUACCUCUACAAGAAGAAAAAGAAGGGCGGCAGCAUCAGCCGAUCGGAGACGCCCAUCUCCAAGCCGCAAACGCCUCAGCAGCAAUCACCCAGAGGCGCCUCGGAAAAGCUAGGGCUGUCGGCCCCCAUGCGCGUGUCGGAGCUGAUGAAGGCGAGCGAGAUGCCGCAGCGGAUGAAGCUCACCAACAGCAUGCAGAUCCUGGCGUACCGCAUCAGGGAUGCUUUCGAGUCAUCGGCCCCCGAGAACGGCAACGGCGGCUACAGGAACGAGAGGCCGGAAAGCCGCGAGGUGCCGCUUAUGGACCAGAGGGCAUACGCGUAUCUCAACGGCGGCCGGGAUACGAUGGACGGAGGGAUCCCGCCGGUGCCUCCGAUGCCCCCGAAUGCGACGUACGGAAACGGCGGGUAUGGGUAUCAGCAGUACUAG